UUCCUCAUUUUGCUAAGAACCUAUUUUCCUGGAAUGACGCAUAUUUAUGAUGCCACAGACCCCCCUCAUAGUGUGGGGUAGAACAAGAAAGGUUAGUAAUUAAUUACGAGGGGGAAUUGAAAAUUCCAAAUUUUAACCACACUACGGAAAAGGUAUCAGUUCAUCGGUAGCAUUAGAAGAGGUUAUGUUGUUGUUUGGACCCAAGUCAAUAAAAUCCUUAUACGUUAACGUCUAGCCUAUAUCAGUCCGUAGGUGACGAAAUCGAUUAUAGGGAAGGGGCGUAACGAAUAAUUUCUCUUAAUAUCAAUCUUAUCUGAAGACUAUCUAAUUUACUCAUCAACAUUUGGUGAUGAAGCUUUCGAAGAGAAAGAUGCCUCUCCUUACAGUAUUAAGUGAAUAAUGAAUUCAAUUUGAUCUUUUUCGUGGGCAAAAGAACCGAUGAAGGGCUGAAGAAAAAUUGCAACUCGCAGAAUAGACAUGGUCACUUGAAGUGUGAUCAAAAAGUGGUUUCAAAUUGUGAAUUUUCAAAAGUUACAAUGUAAAACGAAAUUGAUCCUCAGAGCUAAUUAUCGGAUUUUGAAGCCAUGCGAAAAUGCAUGCAAGUAUAAGUGAUAGUUAUAAGCAUUAUAAAUUCAGUGUCCAGUGUUCAUGUGUUCGAUUUUACGGCACCUAAUCAAUUUUGACCUGAUCUAAUAAAUUUGUUCGUCGAAACCACCAUAGUGCGUUUUUUCGAUUUCAUCUUGAAAUGUAAUCAUACAUGGAAUGGAAAUGGAAUGUAAAAAGAUCAUAUUACAUAAAUUUAAAUCUUCAAAAAAACGGACACGUUGAUUUAACAAGUUUUUAGAAGAAGGAGUGGAUAAAAGGUAUAUUUUUUUACCUAGUUUUUAUGUGCACUUUUGCUCACUGUGAAGGCUCUCAAAAGUGUAUUACCUCCUUUAAUCGUCAACAUGCACUGGUAUCAAAAAAGUGGACAAAAUUUAUGGAUUCAAUGUGGAUUUUGGAUUUGGACCAUAACACAGGAAAUUGUUUCUGCAAAUUUUACAACAGAUCCGACAACGCAAGUGACUGGGACAACCCCUAUGCCUCAUCGAGAAAUGUUAUUUGAACUCGAGGCCCAUAAAAUCAUCCCUGAUUGCAUAGAUGGGGCACCACCAUAUCCUGCGCAGAUAAAAUUUCUCGAGAAAGUGGAAGUAGACUUUGGGAAUAUAUUGCUCGUGAAUGAGAUCAAAUUUGCCCCAUAUCUGAUAAGGUAUCCAAUGAAAAAUUCAACUUUCUACACCGUGAUGAUGGUCGGUCUAGAUGAGCCAAGUGAGGAAGCGCCAACUGACAGGGAGUGGCUCUAUUACUUGGUGUGUAACAUACCAGGACUGACUAUUUUCCAAGGAGAUGCAAUAGCCAAGUGGGUUCAACCAAUGCCUAAAAUGAGCACAGGAAUGCAUCGCUAUGUUUUCCUCAUAUACAAACAAAAAUCAAGAACAGCUAUAGUUGAGAAUGAAAUAAGUGCCGGACGUUCAGAUAAAGACAGAGCAGGGUUCUCUCAUCAGCGAUUUGCAGAGAAAAAUAACUUUGGCAAACCGAUUGCCGUCAACUUUUUCGUUUUGAUGAGUCCGUUUAAUUUGACGGUCACGCCUUUUCCCGACGAGAAAGUUCCCGAACCAACCGACAAUUACCUCGAGGAAGCGCGGAAAUUAAAUGAAGAAAAGGAGAAACGCAAGGAAAUGAAUCAACAAAAGGAAGAAAAGCAGCAGAACUCCACUCUAUCGACUCCAAAAAAUUAAAUACCUAUCAUGAGAAAAAGAGAUGAUACGUGACUGCUGGGGAAAAAUCUAAUGAUUAAUUUUUUUUUUUAAAAAAAAAUAAUUAAUUCAGUAGGUAAUAGGACAAUUGUUGGAGGCAAUUUUUGAAAAAUACGCAUAUUUGUGUAAAAUAUGUACUUGGGUAAUUUCUACUUUUAUUUUCUGUAUAUACCACCGUGUAAUAGCUCUCAGCGUUGAGGUUCCCAUAUUUCAGAGGGUUUUCUUCCUGACAUGCAUCUACAGGGUGAUCCAUAAGUCUCGCAUCAUUGGCACCCGACAUCGCAACUAUAAGAUUUGAAUAAAUUGAGAUAGAUUGAGACUUGAAAUAUUUGCGGAGGCUCUAAAGUCGACCAAAAUUUUAAGGAGACAACCUCAAAAAGGUCUAAGAAUCCUAUUAGUUAUAGCAGUGGUACGAAAUUUUUGGAUCGUUGUAUACAAUCAAUCAUGGUCACUUUGAACGAUGUGUGUUUAUUUUACGUAAACAGAAUGUCUUUUGAAUCCACGUUUGGAAUAAAUAGUUUCCUCAAACAAGCAACACGAAUCGAAGGCAAUCUAUCAAUAGAUGAGGAAAUAAAAGUUCCACUGUAAACACUAAAAUUCGGGUUUACUUCAGGAUAUUGUGAGCAAGAAUGUAAAAAAAAGCGAGCCCAACUGACACGCUUAAAAUCAGACAAAAGACGACAUAGUUUUAAGAAUUUCACAGCAUAUCAUAGUUGUAAUUUUACAAAUUAACGGACAAGAUUGUUUCUCUCCUGUCUUGGGUCAGUUUUGCCCCCAUUUUGUAAUUCAAUAAACCCUAGAAACCAA